AUGGCUCCGAUGUCUAGCAUCAAGUCUGCCUUCUCUGAUGACGGAAUUGGUCUGCCAUGCUCUGCCGACAACGACCACCUGGACCCCGCGAGCCACAAGUUCCUCAGCGAUUGCGGCGAAACGACUUUCUGCUCCGCGGCCACGAAUGGAACCUGCCAACCCCGCCAGUGCCGCCGUGACGAAUUCCCCUUCGGUUUCACGAACUUCACGGCGUUGCCGGCGCUGUGCCAGAACGGGACUUACUGCCCCGACGAAGGGAGCGGUUGCAAGCCUUUACUAGCGGAAGGGAACGCUUGUCAGCUGGAUCGCGACGAUCAGUGUGCUCCCCCUCCGAACUGGAUAGACGUCGCAAGCAACCAGAAUUUCAACGGCUCGCUCUGCCUGCAGUCUACUUGCACGUAUGCCAAUAUGACGCUAGGGCAACCUUGCAUUCUCGAUGAUGUUACGUAUAUCGACAUGGGACCCAAUGGCGAGCAGUUCAGCAACACCGUGACGCGACACAACUGCCAGACACCACAGUUUUACUGCGAUGCCAGCGUGAAGGCAUGUGUACCGACGAAGAUCUUGGGAACAUCUUGCAUCACCGAUCAGGAGUGUCAAUCGUUCAACUGCGCUCCAAACGGUACAUGUGCCGAUCCUCCGGAAACGCCAGCACGAGUUGAAGUUUGGCAGAUCGUUCUGACUGCUUUGAGCGUCGUCAUUGCCAUGGUCGCGACCGUGGUCAUGCUCACCCUGGUACACAAACGGCUUCGACUGCAGCGCUAUCGCGAGAUACGAGAAUACUACGAAGAGCAGAUGAACCUGCGCAAAUCGCUAGCUGCACUACAUGCGGCGGCCGCUGAUCGUUACACCGACGAGAAGCAUCGGCAUGACUAGCUCACUC